AUGACGAGAUUUGGUAACUUGUUGAAAAUAUUUCUGAUCUUCCGUUUCACUCAUGAAAGCUUUUCGUUUGACCUUCCAGCAAAGUUUUCGGUACAUUUCUGAAAUGUUUUCCUAUUCAUCAAGAGCUUUUUCCAGAGGUCCGUAAAAGAAUCAUCUCCUGUAAGCCUGAUCAUGCCAAGUGCUAGUGAAUGGACAUCUGCCAAAAUAAGUCGUCACAAAAAAAUCCACAUGGAAAUUGAGUGGUCGAAGGCGACGUUUGAGGAAGACUGCAGCACGGAAAACCCCGAAGUCCGCCUUUUGAAGAAAAAUUUCACAUGAUUAAUUUUGAAAAGUUAAUCUUUGAUUUAAAGGUGCAUCGAGUGUUUCACUGGCCAGGUGAAAAAGUUGAGUUGCCCUGUAAAAUGUGCUCGUGGGAGUCAAUUUUCAAUGGUCUACCCAAGCGAUGGGCGUUGGCUCGAAAUGUCACAGAGUUCUUUCUCAAGUUCAAAGUUGAUCAUUCUUAAAAUAAAUAAACAAAUCAUACCUUUUUCAGCACAUCGGAACAGAUCAAGGUCCAAAAAUUGAGUUGGUCGAAAAUGUCCCUUUUCUGGAAGAUUUGAGGUUCAUGGGUAUUGAGAAAACAUAAAAAUUUUUGUUUGAGUGUCGUAGUCGAUAAGCAAAAAUGGAGCGACCUAAGUUUACCGCAAAAUCGCGAAAAAGUUUUCCAAAUGCAGAAGCCACCCGUGUUUUAUCAACGAGAUGGAGUUUUAACUAUCUACCGGGUAUUUUGAUAGUUUCGAAUAACUUUAAUUCACCCGAAGAAACGUCAAGGCAAGCGCGGCGUCGCAAGGCGUCUACUUCUGCCUGGACGAUCAUUCGACGUCGAACCCGCACGUCUUCCACGUCCUCUCUGCCUUUUUGCCGCCCGUCAAGUUGCCGCCACUUUCCAGUGACAAAAGAAGCAUACAAAGUUGACUUAUCGCGUUGCAUGAAGGUUAAAAUCUACUGCUUUCAGGCGACAACUGUGCUUCGCGGAAUCGCCUGUUUGCUUCUCACAACUGGCGUUUCCACUACAUGCCGUCGCCAAUUCGGGAGAAACACGUCUGCGAAUACCGCGGCGACGAUUCCGAAGAUUGCUUCGACGUGAAAAAGAACUUUGAACUUCAUAACUUGUCAGUUUUUCAGAUGGAAGAAUUCACUCCCAUUGAAGGAUGCGAAAAUAGCGAAACUUCCUGCAGGUAAUAUUUCACUACUAAAAAUUUGAUUUUCUACACUGCUUUUGAUCCUUAUCUUAUAAGUAGAACAUGAUGAAUGCCUCCGUGAAAUCAAAAAACAAGAGAAAAUAAUAAAAACUUUCUUUAAUAAUUUUCCAAAAAGUUCUUCAUUUUCGUUAAUCCAAGGAACUACAUUCACGUUCAACCUGCUUCCUUUUUGAUGGGACCGUUUUCUUUUAUUCAAGCUACUCUAACUUCUAUCAAAAGCUUACAGACACGUUAUUCAAGACAAUCGGCUCCCGAACCACACGAUUCUUUCCAUCAAUUUCAAAUGGACUCAGUGGUCUCCUUGCGUUUCUAAUCGGCAAAUUAGGGAAGGUAGACAAUUUUUUUUCAAAUAGUUUUCGAGUUAUUGAACUUUCAGGUCAUUGUUGGAUAAAUCUAGAAAAACUAGACGAGCUGAUGCCUUUGACAGAUCACUGGAGUUGGUUGUUGGAAUUGUGGACCCUUCAGAAGCAGCCGACAUUCAAAGAGGGCAUACCACUGUUUAGGUUUCGCUCAUUGAAAAUAUACUCAAAAAUUUCAAUUUUAGUUCAUUCGUCAGUUCUUUCAUUUACGGCGUAAAAUUUCUAUCAAAGUGUGAUGACGAGUACUUGGCGACUAGCACUUCUCGCGAAGCGGUACACAUCUUUUUUUUUUUGGCAUCCUUCAUUCACUUAAAAAGAAGAACGCUUUUAUUUAUUGUAAAGUAAAAAAUGAAUUUGAGCCAUAUGAAUAUUUAUGUGUCAGGAAAAGAUGCUCAAAGUCUCAACUUGCACAAUAAUUGUUUUUCGAGAACGGAUGUAUGAAAGUUCCAUAAGAAGGUCAAAAGCUUCAUGAGUCUUUCUUUUUUAAUUAUCAGGAAGUUGCCCAAGACUUUUCGAACCUUUAAGAAUAGAUCAUAUUACUAUCAAAGCCAAUUUUCGACAGAAAAAGUAAAAAUUUUCCGUGUUUGUAUUCAUUUACUUUAAAGUAUUACUUUGCAGUUAGAGAAUUUCUACCUGACAGUCGUUUUGCCCUCCAUCGGACUCACACAUCUUUCAACAAAAUUGACCAAUGCAUUCCGUUUGUGUUUCAAGUACGCAUGUUGAGUUUACUUUAAUCAAUCAAUGAUUCGUGACAGGUUUGAAAAAAUACCGCCAGAUAUUCAUUUGGUUGGAACCUACGCCAUCGAUAAGCGCAAGUGUUGA